AAAUUCUUUUUCGUACACGCCACCGAGCGCGCACGUGUAAUUUCCCGAGUUUUGCUCGAUAAUCUAAGUAAAAUGGACAAGCCCAACGUUCUCGCCCGCGUCGUCAAGGUGCUGGGUCGCACCGGGUCCCAGGGCCAGUGUACCCAAGUCAAGGUCGAGUUCAUCGGAGAGACCAGCCGUCAGAUCAUCCGGAACGUGAAGGGCCCGGUCCGCGAUGGCGACAUCCUCACGCUGCUCGAGUCUGAGCGUGAAGCCAGGAGGCUGAGAUAAACGGUCUUGCGCCGCUUCUAGGUUAAGUUCCAUAUAACCAAUGUUUACACUAUGUUACUCUAUAAUAUGAAACCGUCAAAGAUGAACAUCUCAAGAGCUCGUAAUACAUACUUUAACAUUU